AUGACGGAUAUUUUAAAUAUCGAGGACGAGCCGAUCUUUGACGAUCGCAUCGUCAAGAUCGAGACUCACACGUACAAUCCGUUCGCCAACACGACGUUCGAAUACAAUGAUGAGAUAAGAAUUCCUAUACAACAACAGGAUCUUUACACGUUACCGCACGAAAGUUUUCUAUACAUUGAAGGAAAACUUAUAAUAAAGAAACCAGUUGCGGGAUCUGAUGUGACAUUGGCAAAUAAUUGCGUCGCGUUCAUGUUCGAUGAGAUUCGAUACGAGCUCGACGGUGUGGAAAUUGAUCGAAACAGAAACGUCGGAAUAACCAGCACCCUCAAGAACUAUGUAACUAUGUCAGCCGCCAGAAGCGUAAUCGCGAGGAACGCCGGCUGGGAUCCGUGGAAUCCUCCGAACGGAUACUUUAAUUUUUGCGUACCGCUCAACAUGCUGUUGGGAUUUUGUGAAGAUUACAGACGCGUGGUGAUCAACGCUCGCCAUGAGCUGAUUUUAAUACGCGCGCGUAACGAUAACAAUUGUCUGAUGGGAAGUUCAGAAUUGGAGCCAAAGAUUGAAUUACUCAAAGUUCAGUGGCGAAUGCCGCACGUGUUACUGAACGAAAUAAAUAAACUGUCGAUGCUGCGUGCUCUGGAAAGCGGGCGAUACCUCAGCAUGGCAUUUCGCUCUUGGGAUUUGUACCAGUAUCCUUUAUUGCAAAGCACAACCAAACAUUCGUGGGCCAUCAAGACCGCUACUCAGCUUGAGAAGCCUCGAUACGUCGUUUCGCUCUGCAGGCUGGUCGGAAGAAUAUCAUGUCUGAAAACAUGA